AUGUGUCAAAGAAAAAAAAAUGGAAAAAUGUAUACUAAUGUGAUAUCUUAUUGCAUUUGUCGGUAUAAAAUUUCAAAAUACUAAUAUACAUAUCAAUGCUCAAAUACUUUGGAAAAAGAAAUAAGGUGAGUACAAUCACGACUAAAAAUAAAAAAAAAAAACAUUAUAAACUGAACUCUUAAAUCGUUGAAUUGACUUUGAAUUAAUAUUGAUUGAAUCAAUGCAUGGUUCGACGAAUCAACUAGAAAGUGACCCGAUUUCGAAGAUUAUAACACGACUCGAUCCAUUUGACAAGCCCUAGGUAAUGAAAGUAGACCCCAAUGCCAAAAUCUACGAUUCAGCAAAAAACCCUUUCUCAAUACCGACCACCUUGUGAUAAACUACUUCCUCCAACUUCCAAAAACUGCAAAUUUAUCUCCUCUACUACAAAAAUGGCAGUUAAUUACCCAUCAUCACCCCUGAAAAAUUGAAAUUUAGAAAGAGAGAUAUAUUAUACAACUAGUAUGAAUGCUUAUGGGAUGGAUUUUACACUCUUGGAUUUCGGAAUUUCUGAUCAUCUUAUAUAUGAAAGAUUAACUCGUGAAUUUGAAGAUUCUUCACCAAUCGUCGAAGUACAGUCUACCUUUCGUCAUGAUGGUACUUCCCCUUUGCCUUUGGGCAUGGAUUGGAGCUCCCCUCCUCAAAUAUGGGAUGGACGUCACACUGUAUGGCCUCAUGAUCCUCCCACUGGAUGGAGUUAUUGCAUCACUAUUCCUUCUUGGACUACUCUAUCAGAUUCAAGAGGCUCCGGUCCAGUUGUGUAUUACAGGAUCCAAGUUGGCAUACAGACACCAGAAGCAGUCACGAGCACUCGAGGAAUAUUACGUAGAUUUAGUGACUUUUUGAAGUUGUUUUCAGAGCUCCAAAAGCUAUUUCCCAAGAAUUUUCUGCCUGCUCCUCCUCCGAGGAAGCUGAUGGGAGCUCAAAGCAGGAGUUUGAUUGAAGAGAGAAGAAGUUCUUUGGAAGGUUGGAUGGAUAAGCUAUUAUCAAAUAUUGAUGUGUCAAGGAGUGCACCUGUGGCAAUCUUUCUGGAGUUGGAAGCUGCUGCCAGGUCAUCAUUCAAUGAUUCAUCUGGUAAUGGAGUCUCAUCAGUCGCAUCAGACUACGGUGAUAGCACUAGUUAUAAUAAAUCGGACGCUGAAACACCUGGGCAUGGAGGUCAUGCUGUAUCUGGGGUUAAUGAGGAAAACUCUGCAUCAGAUAUUGAUUUAACUGGUGGAUCAGAAACUGCUGGUGCUUGCGUCAAAUAUAACAGGGCUAAUAGUGAUAGGAAAAAGGAUAAAUCUUAUGAAGAUACCUUUGGAAAUACACCUCAUGAUGAGGAUGGAAAGGAGAUUCUAUCUGAAGGAGAGGACAAGGUGAUGGGCCAUUUGACAAGUAUGUCAACCGAUAGUACUGGAAGUGAUCUGAUCUCUGUAAAAGCUAGUGACUGGGGAACAUCAAGAAUUCACGAUGAAGGUGGACCCAACUCUCCUGUGGAAGCUGAAGGUCCAAUAGAUGAUGAUCUACAAUCUCCUAGCAAUUUAUUGGUGGCUCUUCCAUCAGAUCAACGCCAUAAAUUCAGUAGGGUUCUCGUUACCAUGCAAAGACGGCUGGCUACUGCUAAAGCUGAUAUGGAGGACCUAGUUGCUAGACUGAAUCAAGAGCUUGCAGUGAGACAAUACCUUACAACAAAGCUCACAGAUUUGGAAGUGGAUCUAGAAACUACUAAAGAGAGUACGAAAGACAAUCUUCAACAAGCUUUUUCAGCUGAAAAGGAGAGGUAUACUCAAAUGCAAUGGGAUAUGGAGGAACUUCGGAAGAAAUGUCUAGAAAUGGAAAUGAAAUUUAAAGCUGAACAGGAUGAAAAGAUGUGUUUGGCUUCAGAAAAUUCAGCUAUUAUCCAGGAGAAUGAAUUGCUGAAACAGAAAUUAGACGUGUCUAGGGAUCAACUUGAAAGCUCACUGAAACAUCAUGAUGAGUCCGAAACAAAAUCAAAAACAGAUUUGAAAGUUCUCGUUAAAGAGGUUAAGUCUCUUCGAAGUUCACAAUCAGAUUUGAAGCAGGAGCUUAGCAACUUAACAAAAGAAAAGCUAGAAUUGGAGAGAGAUCUCCAAAACGAGAGGCAAAAAAGUGUAUAUGCUAGUUCUGUUAAUGAGAAGUUGCUGCAUGAAUGUUCAAUUCUUCAAAAACGGCUUGAAGAAUCCAGUGUGAACUUCCUGGUUGAAGAGGAAGACAAAUUAGUGCUGGAUACUUCAGAUGCUAUUGAUCUUCUUACCACGUCUGAUAAUCGAAUUGGUCUUCUUCUGGCUGAGGCACAGCUGCUUGCACAAGAUGUUGAAUAUUCAGCCGACAGAUCAAACAGUGAAACAGUAGCUGAGCUACGAAAAAUGGUUACAGAGCUCUUCGUUGAUAAUGCCACAAGAAGGAAACAAAUAAAUUCUCUAAUCCGCUGUGCUCUUAAGACACUUGACCUGUCAGAUGAAGGUAAAGAGGUGCCCUCAAAACAAACGGUCUUAGGAAAGUUCUUGUGAAUGUUAGACAAGACAAUUAAUGUACAGAUAAAUUACAUGUAACACUUUAUUGACUAAAUGAUCUGAUGGUACGUAUAUGAUCUCUUGUGCCCUUGAAGGGAGUAUUGUUAAAAUAAAAGAUUGAGCUUUUCUUUGGCAAACUGGCUCAAUUUUCAAUCUCUUAUAUUGCAAUAUUUUUGAGAGGAUAUAUGUGGCU